AUGGAUUUUGCAGUCAGAAGACUGUAUGAAGCUGUUAACAUGGAGCUUGUUACCAUCGUCGAUGAGAAAGAGAACAAGUAUACCUUCAAACGGUACCAAGGAUACCCGUUCAACAAAGAAGUUGUCGGAAAUGUGAGAGAUCAACUGGCUAAAAUAGCCCACCGCGAUGUCAAGGAGGACGAUGUACUUGUUUGUGUAUUUCCAAAGUCGGGAACACACUGGCUCUACAAUACCGUGACGAUGUUACGAUCAGGAUCACUGAAAUAUUCUGGUUCUCCUUCAAUGAUGGAAUACGACGCUUUCAAUGACAUUGAAGAAAUGCAUUCACCGAGGACGUUCGGCUCCCAUCUGCGUUUUCGGUUCCUCCCAGAACAGAUGAAGCUCGGUAAAGGGAAAGUUAUCACCAUCACCCGUAAUCCGAAGGACAUCCUAGUAUCAGUGUACCGCAUGUUGCAAAACAUGGGAGAUAUCGGCUACCAGGGAACAUUUGAAGGGUUUUUAAAGAUAUACGUCUCCGAAGAAUGUUUCAUGGGAAAUGGAUCGUGGUUUUCCUGGAUAAAAGACAUGGAGGAAUGGAAACACCCGAACUUAUUAUGUCUUUCCUUCGAAGACUUCAAACAGAAUAUAUAUGAAAAUGUGGUCAAAUUAGCCAAGUUUCUCGAAGUUGACCAUGAUGAAGGGUUCUUACAGUCUGUGGCACAAAGUGUUCAAUUUGACAACUUAAGAGAAAGUCACAACGUGAUGACUCCGCCAAGUGACCGAUGGAAACAUCUUUCCGAGGAUGGGCGGCUACCAGUAUACAGGAAAGGAUGUUUAUUAUCAAUUCUUUUCUUCUUUUCAGGACAAGUUGGAGACUGGAAAAACAUAUUUACAGUUGCCCAAAGCGAACAAUUCGAUAUAUUAUUCAAGGAAAACGUAGAAAAAAUGGGCCUCAAAAUCAGCCUCAAGUAA